AUGGCCAAGACUCAGCGAGAUCUCAAGGGAUGGCUGCAUAGCUUAUGUGAGUCCAAUGAGGGUGCCAGUGUCGCAGGGGAUGAAACACCUUCAAGACGUAGUACUCGUAGAAAUAAAGUUGUCAAUGAGGAACUCAUUCUUAAACGAGAUAUCGAUGAUCUCGAGAUAAAACGUGGAGAUUCCGUCUUGAUACAACAGGAUGGAGCAUCUGAAAUUGCCAUUGUUAAGGAGAUCAAGUUUGGGAACGAUAACUUUAUUGAUUUGGUGGUGGCAUGGUUUAUUCGAAUGAGUGAUGUACCUCAAGAGAAUUUACCAUCCGAAACGUAUAGUUCAGAUGAGAUCAAUGGCAAUGAAAUCUUUGCCACUGCAUAUUUGGAUGAGAUUAAUGUUAAGGAGAUUGUCGACAAAGUCACUAUCAUCUCACAAGAAGAAUAUUCAUCCAAAGAAAUUGUGAUUGAUGAUACAAAUCAAUCUCAUGUGUUUGUGUGUAGAAGAGGAUGUGAUUCUAAUUCUGAGCAUUUCACUGAAGAAUUCGAUUAUAGGGAUAUGCAUAAGAUAUUUCUACAAGAUCAAAGUGAAUACAUUGAAUAUAUUAGAGAGAAAACGAUACCACCAGCAUAUAAAAAGCAAAUACCAUCACCAACAAAGUCAAAGCCUAAAGUUGAAACCCCAAGAAGGGAGAAAAAGAAAAGUGAAUUAGCCAUGGCAGAAUACGAGAGUAUGGGAUCAGCUUCAGAGUCAGAAGAUUCAGAUGAUUCGCUUGUCGAAGGCGCGUUGUCGUCCAGUGAAGAAGAUUCAGAUGAGGAAGUAUCAUUAACAUCCGACGAGGAAUAUGGGAAGUCUAGUCCAAGUAAAAAGAAUAAACAACCUAAAGCAUUGAAGUCGCCAAGGAAAAGAAAAUUGAAGAAGGUGGAAGAAAAAAUCCCUAAAAAGAGAGGUAGGAAGAAGAAGGAGGAGGUACUUUCAGCUGCCAAUUCACCAUCCAAGUUGAACGACGAGUCUAGAAAAUUUAUCAACAAUAUGUUGUCACCAUUAAAGAAACGGUUACGGUUGAAACAAGAUUUAUCGAAACCUUCCUUAAUGUCCUUGCCGACAUCAAAGAGGUCGAAUCUGAAACUUUCAAGCCACAAGAUUGAAUUCACUGAUGGUCCAUUGGCAGUAGAUUCAACUUCUGAAGUUUUCAAGGAACUUAGAGAAAAAUUGCAUACAUCGACGAGAUUAUCCUCGUUACCAUGCCGUGAAGAUGAAUUCACCUCCAUAUAUUUGAAUUUAGAAACCGCCAUUCAAGAGCAAACCGGGUGUUGUCUUUACGUCAGUGGAACCCCUGGGCUCGGAAAGACAGCUACCAUCCGGGAAGUGAUUGCUCAAUUACAGGAAUUAGUACCAAUGAAUGAAUUAAAUGAUUUUGAUUAUCUUGAAAUCAAUGGGUUAAAGUUAUUAACCCCCCAGGUGGCAUAUGAAGUACUCUGGGAAAGAGUCAGUGGGUUGAAAGUGAGUGCAUCAAAUGCAGCAUUACUCUUAGAAUCAUAUUUCAGUAACGAAGUGGAUGAUCCAGAUAGGAAACCAUUAAUUGUUUUAAUGGAUGAAUUGGAUCAAAUUGUAACCAAGAAACAAAAUGUGAUGUAUAAUUUUUUCAAUUGGCCAACAUAUGCUAAUUCUAAACUUAUUGUGAUUGCCGUUGCUAAUACUAUGGAUUUACCAGAAAGAGUCCUUUCAAACAAGAUUUCAUCAAGAUUGGGUCUUCGUAGAAUUCAAUUUAUUGGUUAUACAUUUGAACAACUUGGAAUUAUUAUUAAACAUAGAUUGGAUAUGCUUACCAAACAGAGUAAACGGAAAGUAGAAAUCAAUCCGGAUGCCAUUGGGUUUGCGUCGAGAAAAGUGGCAAGUGUCAGUGGAGAUGCCAGAAGAGCAUUGACCAUAUGUAGAAGAGCAGUGGAAAUUGCUGAAAAGGAGUUUAUGGCUGAAGAAAAGGAACGAGACGGAGAAGAAGAGGAAGAAGAUGGAAAAGUAUAUUGUGUACAAAUUUCACACAUUUCUAAAGCUAUCAACGAAACCAUUAACUCGCCAAUAUCCCAAUUUCUCACUGCGUUACCAUUUGCGCACAAGUUAGUUUUGGUUGGGGUACUUUUACGGAUGCGUAGAUCUGGAUUAGCUGAGAAUUCGUUGGGUGAUAUUAUUGAUGAAAUGAAGAAUUCAUUACAAUUGUUAACCUCCAAGAUCCGUGAUAAGUUUCUUGAAGAGAUAGACUCCUCGCUUACCAUGUUAGACGUUCUUUAUGGAGAAGCAUUGAUACCUAAUCUGGAUGUGGUUACGAAUGUCCGGAUUCUCAAGUUUAAACAGGUGGUCAGCGAAUUGGUAGAGAAUGGGAUUUUGCUCCAGCAGAACGUUAGAGGUGAAAGACAUAGACUUAUUCAGCUUAAUAUCUCAGAGGAUGAGAUCAUUACCGUUUUGAAGAGAGAUAAAGACAUCAACGGGAUGUUAUAG